ACAAACUGUGUGUGAAGUGGUGUAGGGAGAAGAAAAGCAGUGCCUUUUCAAAGGGAAACACAACAACUUUUUCUGCCAGGAUGCCUUUGCUUCUGAAGAGAGGAUUUUUGUUGGUGCUUUGCUGGAUUAUAGUGAGGAGCUCCCCGACCCCAGGAUCUGAGGGGCACAGUUCAGUCACCGAUUGUCCAUCAUGUGCCCUUGCCACGCUCUCAAAGGAUGUGCCCAGCUCCCAGCCUGAGAUGGUGGAAGCAGUAAAGAAGCACAUUCUGAACAUGUUGCACUUAAGGGACAGACCUAACAUCACUCAGCCGGUGCCCAAAGCUGCACUUUUCAAUGCUAUCAAGAAACUCCAUGUGGGAAAAGUGAGAGAGGAUGGCUAUGUGGAAAUAGAGGAUGACAUUGGAAGAAGAACAGAAAUGAAUGAACUUGUGGAGCAAACUUCAGAGAUCAUCACAUUUGCAGAAUCAGGUCCUGCCAAGAAAAUGCUGCAUUUUGAAAUUUCAAAGGAAGGCAGUGAGCUCUCAGUAGUGGCCCAAGCUGAUGUGUGGCUCUUCCUCAAGGUCUCUAAAGCCAAUCGGAGCAGGACAAAAGUGAUCAUCCGCUUAUACCAGCAGCAGAAACUGCCAAAGCGUAACUCCCAAGGUGUGGAUGAGGAUGCAGGUCUAAAGGGUGAGAGAGGUGAAAUUCUCAUCUCUGAAAAGGCAGUGGACACUCGUAAAAGUACCUGGCACAUUUUCCCAGUCUCCAGCAGCGUUCAGCACCUCCUGGACCAGGGCAAGAAUUCCCUGGAUGUGCGGAUUGCUUGUGAUCAGUGUCAAGAAACUGGGGCCAGUCUGGUGUUGCUGGGGAAGAGGAAAAAAAAGGAAGGAGAUGUAGAAGGGAAGGAAAAGGAAGGGAGUGAAAGCACUGGAGAAGAGGAGAAAGAGCAAUCCCACAGGCCCUUCCUGAUGAUGCUUGCCCGGCAUUCAGAGGAUCGGCAGCACAGACGGCGGAGGCGGGGUCUUGAGUGUGAUGGCAAAGUCAACUUAUGCUGCAAGAAGCACUUCUUUGUUAGCUUCAAAGACAUUGGCUGGAAUGACUGGAUCAUUGCCCCUCCAGGCUACCAUGCCAACUACUGUGAAGGAGACUGCCCCAGCCACAUUGCGGGCAUCACUAGCUCAACGCUCUCUUUCCACUCCACUGUUAUCAAUCACUACCGCAUGAGGGGCCAUAGUCCCUUCUCCAACCUCAAGUCCUGUUGCGUACCUACCAAGUUGCGACCCAUGUCAAUGCUCUAUUAUGACGACGGGCAGAAUAUCAUCAAAAAGGACAUCCAGAACAUGAUUGUGGAGGAAUGUGGGUGCUCAUAG